AUGUCCUCGCGCCCUGGAUGGGCUGCAACACUCUUUAUCGUCUUUCUUUCAUCCCUUGCACUAGCCACGGAAUGCAGGGCAUUCCUGGUCAAUGUCACUAUCGACGACAGUCUCCCAGACCCAGUUACAGGCGCUGUAUUCCGUUACUCACCGGAAGGAGGGUGGCUGGAUGGAAGGGAACCGUGCAACGGCUGUACCACACGGCCAGACCCCGCUCUUCUACACAAUCGAACAUGGCACGAUAGCACAUUUAAUCCUCGAGUGGGCGGUGCUGGCUUUCCUCCCAACACGCCCCGUUUUGCCUCAGUCAAGUUCACCGGCACUGCGAUCUACGUCUACUGCGUCCUAGCACGAACAAUCAGCGGCCCAACCGGAUUCAGCGACAUGACAUUCUUCAUCGACGCUCAGCCUGGAUACGACUACGACGUCCUCGUCUACCAUAAUACUUCCCUUCCCCCUGGAGAACAUGAGUUUAUACUCCAGAACGGAAACAUCGAUGGUCCGAAGGCUCUGACCCUGUUUGAUCGUAUAGUAUACACAUACGACAAUGGACUCAAAACCGAAGCCCAACGCAAGUCAGAACUCGCAGCUAUUUUGGGAGGGACGCUUGGAGGUCUGGCGGUGCUCUGCAUUCUGGCCGUAGGGUUUGCCAUCUGGUUCUUCCAGAUCCGAAAGAGAAGUCGUAGAAAGACGCAACCCCCGAACCUACUACUAGACACCUCGGACUGGGUGAACCCUCCUCCUCAUCAUCACGACCGACUCGGAGAACCUGGCCCGCCUUCGACCACGUACCACAGUUCUUCCCUAGCGGGAGCGCAUGUGAUGACUGCAGUUAACGUUGGUACUGGUGCUCCGACCAACGGGGCCUCUGGUGAACCUCCCAGCUACUACAACGACUGGAUGCAACCAAUGACAGUUGCCAGCAAAGGAAGAUAUGGCUCCGGUGUCAUGAAUCGUAUCUGA